AUGUGGCCUUCUCCACUAAUUUUGCCCCCUUUUUUCCUUCUCUUCUUACCGCUGGCAACACAUGAGGUUUAUAUUAGGAACUUGCUUGAGGUACGCAAUCGUUAUUUUUUUUUAUUACCGCGUCAACACAAACACGAUUUCUACACUUACUCACUGCAACAUUGGAUUAGUGGAAAUGAUAUGGCGCUACAGCGACGCGGUGCAUUCUUACUGCGACAGAUCCGUACCGAGUUUAGCCUCGAUGACAUGAAAAAAAAAGCAAAAGAGAUUAACAGGAGGAACAGGAGCAUUUUGCAAAAGCGCAAGAGGUUUGCUGAGCCCUACCCAUACAGCAAAGCCCAAUAUAUUGAUGCAUUUGUGCAGGCACAAAGUGCACGACUUGCUCGUGAGCAGCGGUUGCAAGAGUUGUCAACAAGAGAAAAGUCUCUUUUGACCACAAUUGAAUCCUCUAAUCCUUCUCCUAUUAUUCGUAAUGAAGGAAGGCACAGUUUGAGUUGCUUCUCUUCAACUGCCGGCGCUAACACCCCUGUUGUGUUUGGAUCCUGGCGUGAUGGAACAACUGAGGUUGAACGCGCAUGUAACUUCAUGGAUCGUAACUUUCAUUGUAUUAUGCGAGGAGCCACAACACCGCCAGCUUUUUCCACACCAUCACUUCGUCGUAACCUCCCCAUGACAUUGGCAUGUGUGCAACAACUGUUGAAAUAUGCUGGCGGAGAUGGGCCCCAAGGAAAUACUGGAGAGACGUGGUCAAAUAGAAGAAUAAAGACUUUUAACCGUACGUUCGCCUCGUGUGUAGAAUCCGCUUGUCUGAAGGAGCGUGAUGCCAUUCUGAAACUUAUGGGUGUUGUGCUUCAAACCGCAGGAGAGAGGGAUUGGGCAGUGGCGUUACAGUUGUACAAUAAGUCUGUUUUGCCUUAUUUUGAGCGACAUUGGAUACAGCAGAACCAUGAAAAGAGAAGGGAAGCAGUAUCGUUUCUUGUAGCUGUAUUAUGUGAAUCUAUUCGCUCUGGUUGUGGUGGAAGUAUGUGUGGUCGUUGCUUUAACAGCACCCACACACAUCCGCCAUAUAAAGCAAUUGAAAAACUUGUGAAGGCAUCGCGGGAACCGCUUCUUCCAGUUGCUGCUGCCCCAGUUUUCAGCGUCUUACACCCAAGCGAUGAUACGAAUGCCGCGCGUGGUGGCUCACAAACCAAAGCAACGUGGGUUGAUGCUGUAAAACUCGUUCAAUGUUUUCAACCUCAAGGACAGGCGCGAACAUAUUUGCCUUCUUUAGCCUGGGCUGAGUUAUUACGUGCCAUACGUCGUUUAGGUGGCUCAUUAAAGGAGGUUCAGAUGGUUGUGGAUAUCAUUACGAACCCCACGUGCACUAAACACGGGGAGCGGCAUAUGCAUGAUACACGCAUUUGGAAUGCAUAUCUCGCUAGUAGUGACUGGCAUCACGCGUUGGAUCUCUUUUCUAAUCAGUGGAAACAUUAUGGUGUAAAGGAAACUGCAGAAACCAGCGCUGCACUUAUGGAAUCGCUUCUGCGUGAUGGUGAGUGGGAACGGUCAUUAGAUGUAUUCCGCCGUCUUCAAGGUAAAGAGGGGCAAUUAAUUACAUUUACUUCAUCUGUUUUUACGGCGGCUUUUCGUGCAUUGGAGCAGCAGCGGGACUGGAAUUCCUUUGCAUCUCUGCUACUUGAUUCUGAGAGGUUUCUUGCACCUCUCGAUAUUUCACACGACUGGGAACUUCUUUCUAAGCUGCAGGCGCAGAGAAAACAAAAAGGCACACCACGCAGCACCGACGAAAUUGAACUUUGGAGGACUUUUGUCAAUGAGUUGCGGGGGUUCAAUAACGUAACGAAAGAAAUGCAACUUGCCAUUUCAAAUGCCCUUUUAGCUUGCGAUCCUGUGAAGCAGCGGGAGAUGCAAGGUGAAGUGGAGAAAAGGGAGAGCCUAAUAACUGCUGAAGAACUUUACUCCAUCAUGUAA